AAUUGUAAGAACCAAAUAAAAAGAAAGGAAAAGGAAAAAGAUCACAACCAAUCACAUCAUCACCACUAACACUUCUUAAUAUGAAGAGACAGAGAGAGGAGAUGAAGGAAGAGGAGACUGAUGAUCACUCAUUGGCUGUUGCAGCCAUGGCGGUUGCGGUUGCUGCGGCAGCGGAGGAGGAGGAGGUAUUGUGGGGCGGAGGAGUGGUGGAGGAGAUGACGUGGAGCACCGUGUGGUUGCCUUUUUGGGACGUUGAGUUCGUUGGAAGAAACUACAAUUUGUUGUUCAGUGAUGUUCUUUGGGACGAUGAUAUUUGGAACCUCAAGAAUCUAACUCAUUCCUCAUAGUUCUUUUCUUUUCCGAAGAAAAAAAAACAUAAUAAUUGGAA